AGGAUGUUUUGUUUUUGUCAAACUCAUAUCAUCAACCGAUUCAAUCGUUUCACAUGAGUUCCAUCUUAUCAAGCAUCCUUCCUGCUCCCGAAGAUCCCGUUCUCAGUCUUAUUUUUGGUUUUAGAGAUGACCCUAGUCCGGUUAAGUUGAAUUUAGGCGCAGGUGCCUAUCGGACUGAGGAAGGAAAGCCUCUUGUUCUUGAUGUUGUAAGAAGAGCAGAGCAACAUUUAGCUAACGACCUGUCGAAGAACAAGGAGUAUCCACCCUUUAGUGGACUUCCUGAUUUUAAUAUAUUGAGUGCAAAGCUCAUCUUAGGUGAUGAUAGUCUUGCAUUGAAAGAGAAAAGAGUUGUUACAGUCCAGUGUUUGUCUGGUACUGGUUCUUUGAGAGUUGGAGCUGAGUUUCUAGCAAAACACAACCAACAACUUACUGUGUUUCUUCCCAUCCCAACUUGGGAAAAUCAUCUAAGUAUUUUUACUAUGGCGGGUUUAUCUGUAAAUCAUUUCCGAUAUUAUGACCCGAAAAGCCGAGGACUCGAUUUCAAAGGCCUACUUGAGGAUCUUGGCAGUGCACCGUCUGGAGCGAUAGUGGUCUUGCAAGCUUGUGGGCAUAACCCUACAGGAGUUGACCCAACACUCGAACAAUGGGAACAUAUUAGGCAAAUAGUGAGAUCUAAAGGCUUGUUACCCUUCUUUGAUAGUGCAUAUCAGGGUUUUGCUAGUGGUAGCCUUGACUUAGAUGCACAAGCGGUUCGUAUGUUUGUUGCUGAUGGAGGUGAAUGUUUGAUAGCUCAAAGUUAUUCCAAAAAUUUGGGUCUCUAUGGGGAGCGUAUUGGCGCUCUUAACAUUGUGUGCGAGUCAGAAAAUGUGGCUAGGAUAGUUGAAAGCCAAGUGAUACUUGUCGUGAGACCAAUGUAUCUCUGCCCACCUAUCCAUGGAGCAUCCAUUGUUACCACAAUUCUUAAAGACAGUGAUAUGUACAAGGACUGGACCAUUGAGCUGAAAGGAAUGGCUGACCGCAUAAUAAGCAUGCGUCAACAGUUAUAUGAAGCCAUAAAGGCUAGAGGCACACCUGGCGAUUGGAGUCACAUUGUUAAACAUAUUGGAAUGUUUACUUUUACCGGAUUGAAUGAGGAGCAAGUUCGCUUCAUUGCCAAAGAAUAUCACAUUUACAUGACUUAUGACGGGAGGAUAAGCAUGGCAAGUCUAAGUUCGAACACAGUGCCUCAACUCGCUGAUGCUAUACAUGCUGCUGUUACUCGCAUCUCCUACUAAGUUUGUGGUUCGUUCUUUGUUGUUCUUUGAACAACACAAGUUGUAUUAAAACUUCGAUAUUGGUUCACAUCAAUUACAUAAGAGAGCACUAAGAAAUCACAUAUGAUGGUUGAUUCAUAUACAACAAACCAAGUUUGCAAAACAAAA